CACACUUGUAAAUCCGAAACAUUCAUUGAAGAUGUUGAAAUCGACCAAAUAGAGAUGGUACCGUGUUCUUAGAAUAUUCGAACCAAAUAGAAAUGAUAUCAUGCACUCCAAAUGUUUGAAUGUUAAUUUUGUUGAAGUAAUAGGUUAAGCGCCGGAAAUAGGUUAAAACGUAAUGGGUUCGUUCGGGCGAACGGUCCUAAUAACGGUCGUUGAAUGGAACAAUAUACUUCGCCAGCCAGUCUAAUCUUCUUGGGAGGAAAAACAUGAUUUCUAACCGUUACAAACAUGAGCAAUGUCGCCGCCGCAUCCUUAAACCUCACGAGAAACCUCCGCCACGCAGACACUCGAGGGGCGGCCAACCGUUACGCCGCCCAGCUUCAGCUAUGCUGUCCACAGGGCCCCGCCUCGUAUUCCCUUGCCCGUUGCGUCCAUGCCCAUAUGAUCGCUUCUGGGUUCAAGCCACGUGGUCACAUCCUCAACCGUUUGAUUGAUAUUUAUUGCAAGUCGUCUGAUCUUGUCUACGCCCACCGCCUGUUCGACAGAAUUCCUGAGCCGGAUGUUAUCGCCAGGACGACGAUGAUAUCAGCAUACUCGUCUGCCGGUAAUCCGGAGACGGCGUGGGAGAUAUUUAGAAGAACCCCCUUAAGCGUUCGCGACACCAUUUUCUACAAUGCCAUGAUAACCUGCUAUUUGCAUAAUAACGAUGGCCAUGCUGCUAUUGAACUCUUCCGGAACAUGAGGUGGGACAAUUUUCAGCCUGAUUAUUAUACAUUCACGAGCUUACUUAGUGCUUUGGCGCUAGUAGCUGAUCAGGAAACGCAUUGCCAGCAGCUGCAUUGCGUGGUUGCAAAGUCGGGAACAGGGUCAGUUACUUCAGUGGUAAACGCGCUUGUAUCGGUUUAUGUGAAGUGUGCCUCUUCACCACUAGCAUCUUCAACAUCGUUGAUGGCUGCAGCGAGGAAGUUGUUUGACGAGAUGCGUGUGAGAGAUGAGCUGUCGUGGACGACAAUAAUUACGGGCUAUGUGAGGAAUGAUGAUCUUAAUGGAGCUCGGGAAGUUUUUGAUAUGAUGAAUGAAGAGGUGCAGGUUGCUUGGAAUGCGAUGAUUUCAGGGUAUGUCCACAAUGGUUUUGCACUUGAAGCUUUGGAAAUGUUAAGAAAAAUGCAUGUGUCAGGAAUAAAGCUGGAUGAAUUUACAUACACAAGUGUGCUUAGUGCUUGUGCCAAUGCUGGACUAUUCCUCCAUGGAAAGCAGGUGCAUGCUUACAUUUUACGGACAGAAGAAAACCCUUCAGAGGAUUUUUCUUUUUCUGUGAAUAAUGCAUUGAUGACCUUGUAUUGGAGAUGUGGCAAAGUUGAUGAAGCGCGGAAGAUUUUCAAUAACAUGCCCGUCAGAGACCAUGUUUCAUGGAAUGCAAUUUUAUCAGCAUAUGUGAGCGUUGGGAGAAUUGAUGAAGCUAGGUCCUUUUUCUGUGAGAUCCCGGAAAGGAACCUUUUGACAUGGACGGUUAUGAUAUCAGGACUUGCACAGAAUGGGUCUGCAGAGGAAGGUCUGAAGUUGUUCAACCAGAUGAAAUUAGAGGGGUUGAAGCCAUGCGAUUAUGCAUUCGCAGGAGCUAUUACUUCUUGUGCUGUGCUUGCGGCAUUGGAGCAUGGGCGGCAGCUCCAUGCUCAGCUUGUCCGGCUCGGUUUUGAUUCCAGCCUCUCAGCUGGCAAUGCUCUGAUAACAAUGUAUGCUAGAUGUGGUGUCAUUGAGGCUGCCCGCUCUGUUUUCCUGACAAUGCCUUACGUAGAUUCAGUAUCUUGGAAUGCCAUGAUUGCUGCUCUGGGGCAGCAUGGAUAUGGUGCUCAAGCUUUAGAACUUUUUGAAGAGAUGUUGAAGGAAGAGAUAUUACCUGAUCGGAUAACCUUCCUCACGGUUCUCUCUGCUUGUAGCCAUGCGGGUCUAGUAAAGCAAGGGCGUAGUUAUUUCAAUUCCAUGCAUGCUCUAUAUGGUAUAAGUCCAGGUGAGGAUCAUUAUGCCCGCCUGAUUGAUUUGCUGUGUCGAGCUGGGAAAUUCUCUGAAGCAAAAGACGUGAUUCAGACAAUGCCUUUCGAGCCAGGUGCACCAAUUUGGGAGGCGCUGCUUGGUGGUUGCAGAAUUCAUGGCAAUGUGGAUAUGGGGAAACAGGCUGCAGAACGACUGUUUGAGCUGAUGCCACAACAUGAUGGAACGUACAUUCUUUUGUCAAACAUGUAUGCCAAUGUGGGCCGGUGGGAUGAGGUGGCCAAGGUGCGAAAAUUGAUGAGGGAUCGAGGGGUGAAGAAGGAGCCCGGCUGUAGUUGGAUUGAGGUUGAAAACAAUGUACAUGUAUUCUUGGUGGAUGACACAAGGCACCCUGAGGUGCAAGCGGUGUACAACUAUCUCGCAGAGCUGGGAAGGAAGAUGAGGAAAUUAGGAUAUGUUCCCGACACCAAGUAUGUCUUGCAUGAUAUGGAAUCCGAACAGAAGGAAUAUGUUCUGUCUACUCACAGCGAGAAGCUUGCAGUGGCAUUCGGCCUCCUGAAGCUUCCACCUGGAGCCACAGUUCGGGUUUUCAAGAACCUUAGGAUCUGCGGCGACUGCCAUAACGCCUUCAAGUUCAUGUCAAAGGUGGUGGCGGGUAGAGACAUUGUUGUGAGAGAUGGAAAGAGGUUUCAUCAUUUCAGGUAUGGCGAAUGUUCUUGUGGCAAUUACUGGUGAUCCAGAUUCCAAACAACUUACCAGCUCUUUGUCUAAGGGAAGGAAUCAGCUUGAGAAGGAACGCUCACCAGCAGAAUGAUCAUUCAUUCCACAGAUUGAUUUCUUACAAAGUGUUUUGAAGAUAUUACUGCACAAUCAGAUGACUUUCACUUGAUGGCCUUGAGGGUUAUUAAAUCUGGCUUUCAUGCUAAGACGAUAUUUAUUAGUUUAGGGUUUAAGGUUUCUCUUAUCGUUACAUUACCCAAGUUAUCAAAUAAUCCAGUAACCAGAGGACAGGGAAUUUUGUUUGUAUAUGCUUGGAUAUGUGACUGAAACCAAGGGGUUUCAAAACUAUAAUUACCCAUUUGUGUCAAUACUUUACUGUGGUCUGAGCCACUUGUUCUUAGUCCAAAAUUUUCUGAUAUUGUUUCUA